GAAGACCUCCUGCUGAACCAGCAGCACACCGAGGAGUGCACCAUCGUGUACUCAGGUGGGUGCCCGCCGAGAACUGGUCGCACUCGCCGCGUUCCGCUGGCUGCAAAGAAGGUGGAGACAGGAGCGGUUAAGUUCCCGGUCGCACGCACCAAGAUUCAGACGACGAAGAAAGGCUCCUUCACAGUCUGCGGCGAGGCUUCUACGUACCAAGGCACUUACUCAGGCGUGGAGUGCCGUGCGGUUUCUGAAAUGCCCCUCGUGUCUGCAGACACCAAGAAGAAGAUCAUUGCUCCGGCAACAACCGGCGACCUCCCGACACCGCCAGAGGACUGGCAGGAUCGCCACGGCUCCGACGUACCCUUGUUCUGGAACGAGUCGAAGCCGAUAGCAUAUUGGAAUGCCAGCAUUGAGGAGUUUUGCGCGGAGGCAGUGUUUGACCUCACGGCUGGCACCGGUGCUCUGAUGGAGGCUUCUUUGACUGCCGGCAUCGCAUACCACGGGCUUUGCAGCCUCAACAAGGAGCACAUGUCGUGGGUCCAGGCGGUUGCUGAUCGCGCAGCUUGCGGAAUGAUGGCUUUGGAGGGAUCCACUCUUUACUCGGACGAGAAUGCCAAGGCGGUGAAGAAGCAUUUCCCGCACGUUCUGGAGAGCUUGUCCAACCAAGACGACCAGGACGAGGCCUACCAGACGCCUCUGGGGCAAAACCAGUCUCAAGACGGCUUCUCGUCGGUGGCCCCGGGGGCUGUGAAAGACGGCUUGGUCCCCAAGGCUCGAAGGGCCUUCGUCAUCUGGUUCCAGGAAAACUCCGAAGUCAAGAAAGGCGCUCCCAAGCACGAGUUUCUCAAUGAGAUGAAGCAUCUUGGCACAGUCUGGCAGGGCAUGACCGACAAGCAGAAGGCACCAUUAAUGGCGAGGAGCAAAGAUGAGUUCAUGGCUCAGCGAAGUGCACUGGCCGUUCUUGGCAUCAGGAUGCGGGGCUCCACGACCAGUGCGGGCGGCCCCGACGAGGCGAAGGACCCCCCUGCCGCUGACGAAUCUGGCGGUCGCGUUGGCCCAUUUGAGCUUAAUGGUGCAAGGGCUCCAAUUGGAGGCGGAGCCUAUGGCAGUGUCUACAGUUGCCAGCAUCCGCAAAGCGGCCUUAACGUGGCGGUGAAGGUUUAUCGUGGCUCCGAUGACCCCGCGGAUUGCAGGCACGAAGUGGAGCAGAUGAAGCUUCUAAUGAAGGCCGUUCCGCAGCAGAAGAUGAUGUGGUUCCCGCUUCUUGUCAGCUCGGGUGUCACGGGCAGACCUUGGCCAUGGAUGGCUACUAGCCUAUGUGGGCCCAGCCUGGCAACCGCACUUCGAAAUCCUGCGGCGCAUGGCAAGCCGAGGACGUGGUCUGUGGCAGCUCAGCUGAGAAGUGCACUGCAGACCUUGCAUGACGCAGGCAUCCUACACUUGGAUGUGAAACCUGGCAAUGUGCUUUGGUGCCCUUGCACAGAUCAGGUGCAGGUGUGCGACUUCGGCAUGAGUGAGAACAUGGCACGGCUCCAGAAGGCUUCUCAGGCUCCCAGGUUCCUGCAGUAUGUCACGGCUGCCUAUCGACCCCCGGAGCUGUGGCCCGCUCGUGUGAAUGGCGAUGGAGACUGCGGUGUCAGAAAGCAGCUGCUGACUGCAGCUGUGGAUAUGUGGGCCUAUGCUUGCGUGGUGUGUGAGGUGGAGACCGGGAAUCCCUUCAUGCCCAAGGGGGAGGCCGGACUGAGAGCGUGGUGCAAGCAGUGGCCCGAGCUGUGGAAAACACGCAGCGACUUAGCCAAGUGCCCCGCUGCAAGUCACACGUGCUGCACAAAGGUGCUUCGAGCCGGUAAAUGGGGGCUGUUUGUGUUGGUCGGCUGUGCUCCAGACCCCGGAAAGCGGCGGUGGCCGGAGCUCUGUCUGAAUCAGAAAUGA